CCCGCGCGCGCGCAUCAUGCUCGCCAGGCGCGCCCGAAACGUCCGCGCCCUCGCGCACCGCGCGCUGUUCGCGCGCGCGAACGCCUCCGCGGCGUCCGCGGCCGACGCGGCGCCGAUCUGGACCGGCGACGACGACGAUCGGGCGUCGGACGCGACGAACGUUUGGACGCGUCACGGCGCGCCGGAGGCGCGAUCGUUCGCGCAUCGCGGGAUAUUGGCCGGCGAUGACACCAAGGUGAGCGCUCAGCGCGCGCGCGGCGCGGAGGUGGACGAACGAGGCGAGAGGAGGGCGCGCGGAGGCGAGAAGAGGGCGAUCCGCGGGGGGUUUCGAGGACGCGCGAGGCGGGGACGGCGCGAGGCGACGACGCGAGAGAGAGAGCGCGGCGAGGAGAGAGGGAUGGUGACCACGCUCGCGAACGGGCUUCGCGUGGCGACGGAGGCGGUUCCGUACGCGGAGACGGCGACGGUGGGCGUCUGGAUCGACGCCGGGUCUCGAUACGAGGACGCGCAGACAAACGGAACGGCGCACUUCCUGGAGCACAUGGCGUUUAAGGGCACGAAGACGCGAUCUGCAUCGGGAUUGGAAGAAGAGAUCGAGAACAUGGGUGGUCACUUGAACGCGUACACGAGCCGAGAGCAGACGACGUAUUACGCCAAGGUUUUCAAAAAGGACGUCGGCGCGGCGGUGGACAUUUUGAGCGACAUCUUGCAAAACUCUGCGUUGGAGAACGCGCAAAUCGAGCGUGAGCGCGGCGUGAUUCUUCGUGAGAUGGAAGAAGUUGAAAAGGACAUCGAAGAAGUGCUCUUCGACCACUUGCAUGCGACGGCUUUUCAGCAAACGUCCCUCGGGACGACGAUUCUCGGAUCGGACAAGUGCGUGCGCUCGGUGACGCAAGAAGACUUGCAAACGUACAUCAAGACCCACUACACCGCCCCGCGCAUGGUCGUUGUUGGCACCGGUGCGGUUGAUCACGAUGAGCUCGUCAAGCUCGCCGAAAAGGCUUUCGCCAGCCUCCCGACGGAGGGUGCGAGCACCAACGCGCUCGUCGCCAAGAACCCGGGACACUUCACCGGUAGCGAGGUGCGCAUCCGCGAUGACGACAUGACCACGGUGAACUUCGCCGUGGCGUUCAAGGGCGCGUCUUGGACGUCUCCCGAUGCCGUCCCGCUCAUGGUCAUGCAAGCCAUGCUCGGGAGCUGGGAUAAGCAAGCCAUCGGCGCGGAUGACAUGAUGUCCCCGCUCGCGCAAGCGUUCUCCGCCAACAAGCUCGGUAACUCGUUCAUGGCGUUCAACACCAACUACGCCGACACCGGUUUGUUCGGUGUGCACGUUUCGAGCGAUAACAUCGACGGUCUCGACGAUACCGCGUUCGCGGUGAUGAGAGAGUUCCAAAACCUCAUCUAUUGCCCGGAGGAGAAUGACUUGUUGCGCGCCAAGGAAGCGCUCAAGUCGUCCUUGUUGUUGCACUCUGAAUCCGGCACCAGCGCGGUGGCGGAAGAAGUUGGUCGUCAACUUUUGACGUACGGCAAACGCAUGUCGCGCGCCGAAUUGUUCGCGCGCAUCGACGACGUCAACAUCGAAACCGUCAAGUCUGUCGCGUGGAAGUACAUUCGCGACCAAGAACUCGCGAUCGCCGCCAUCGGCCCGACUCAGUUCUUGCCCGACUACCUGUGGUUCCGCACGUCCACCUACAACAACUUCUAUUAGCUUUAAAGCGACUUUUUA